UACUGCAUUCAUAGGUGAAAGCACAUCUUUCAGAAUGCAUCUGAAUAAAAGCCUGUGCUUUUUCGCCACUUUCCUGGUCUGUACCUGGGCUUCUACCUUCUUUGAUCAGGAAUGGAGUUUGUGGAAGACAAAAUACAACAAAGUAUAUUCCUAUAGUAAGGAAGAGUCAUUCCGGAGGAAAGUUUGGGAAGAAAACUGGCAUAAGGUGCAAGAACAUAACAAACUUGCUGACCAAGGCCACUCCAAAUACUGGAUGGCAAUGAAUCAUUUUGCAGACGUGACACGUGAAGAAGUCAAGAGGAGGAGCUGCCUCAUUUCAAAUGGGGCACAACCCAAUGUUCCCAUUCAUAGCUAUGGGUUAAGAGAUAACCUACCUGACCAUGUUGACUGGAGAGAGUCCAAGUGUGUGACAGAUGCCAAGAAUCAAGGGUUAUGUGGAUCAUGUUGGGCUUUUGCAACAGUGGGUGUAGUUGAAUCCCGUAUAUGUAUAAGAGACCAAAAACUGCUUACCCUGAGUGAGCAACAGCUGGUGGACUGUGAUCAUGUAGACCAGGCAUGUUGUGGGGGGCUCCCAGUUAAUGCACUAUCAUACGUAACACAGCACGGAGUCAUGAAAUCUGAAGAUUAUGAAUAUCAAGAAAAGCAAAAUGCCUGUGGAUUUAAAGAUGGUAAAGCAAUAACGCUGAAUCUAACCAAAUACUACAGCCUGCCCGAUGAAGACAGCAUUCUGUCCGCAGUGGCUCUAGAGGGACCCGUGGUUGUUAGCUUCGGGGUUGAGCAGGAUUUCCAGCUAUAUAGCCAUGGAAUAUUUGAUGGGGAGUGUGCAGAAGAGGCUAAUCAUGCAAUUAUUUCUGUGGGUUAUGGCUCUGAAGAGGAUGAGGACGGUGAUAACCAGCCAUACUGGAUAAUAAAAAAUAGCUGGGGUGAUACCUGGGGAGAAAACGGCUUUGCCAAAGUCCAGCGUAAUACCAACAAGUGCUCCUUUGCACAAUACGCAGCCAGUUUUGAUUUCCUGGAGUAAUUAUUGAGUGUCAAUAUUCUAUGACUUCAUUUAUGUAAAGUGAUACCUGUAAAAUAUGAAAUUUAUCUACAUUUCUAUUCAUGUUGAUGUAGUAAAAUUUCAUGGACAGCAUUAUUAAAUCUUUUGCCGCCAUAUAUUUGGAAAUAUAUUUUGCUCACUGCUCUGUAUAAAUAAACUAAAGCUUCUAUUCUG